AUGCCUUCUGCAGAGACCACUGCCCUGCCGCCAGCAGCUUCACCGUUAACAUUGGAACACAAGGGAAACAACAAUUUCAAUAUUAAUAUUUAUAGGAUAUUUUACAUUUUAAGUGAUGUGACAAAAUUUCCAUGUUGCAACAACAAUCCUAGAAUUGAACAGAAGUAUGUAGUUUUUCAGUGUGGAGACAUUGAAAAGAUGAUGAAGAAACGCAAGAGUGUAGGUGAAUCACCAGUCUACUAUGUGACUAUGGAUACUUAUGACAUCAUCAAGAAGGCACACAUCGCAACAAGGCAUGGUGGACGUGACAGAAUGAAUCUUGGGGCAAAGUAUGCUGACAUCACAAAAGAAGCUCUUGAAUUAUCCAAGUCCUAUCGCAGCACAUGCCAAGAAAAGAGAAAACGAAAUAAAACUGCUGGGAUUGUUGUGAAGCCCCUCUUGAGUAGUGAAUUCAACUCCCAUGGCCAAGUUGACCUUGUGGAUAUGCAGUCAUUGCCUCAGGCUCAGUUCAAGUGA